AUGAAUGCUAUGGAGACUGAAGACGUUGGAGCAAUUAGCUACCUGGAUAGUGCAGAGAGGAAUGGAAUUGAGAAUGAAUAUGCUGGAAACGUGAGCACUAAGGGUUGUGGAGAUUGUGAAGAAAUGAAUGCUGGUUGUGUUGAUGGUGGAGAAGCAAGCAGUGUGGAUAUUGGAAAUACUGGAGAGACUGGAAUAUUUUGCCCCAGAGCAAAGCACAACUGUCCGUUUCCAUCCUGCAAAGCAAGUGUAGUUCACCUUCCCAGGCACAUGAGGCAGGUCCAUGGAUGGAGUAAAGUAGACUCAACCGCUGUGCUAGGAACCUUUGACUUGCGGAACCCAAGACCAGGUCCAUUUUCAGCUGAAAAGAAGAGAAAACAUGCGAGAAAGGUGUGCCCAGUGCCAUCAUGUGGUUCCAUUAUAAAAAGGAUCCAUAACCAUCUUGCACAAAAGCACAAAAUUAAAAGGGGAAGAAGUCCUCGAUUUGUGAAGUUGGUGAAAAAGACGGAAAAGUAUGAACCUGCAGUGGUAGACUGUGAAAUGACAUCCUCACAUGAAUCUUCAGUUAACAGUAGUGACGAGAACCAGUCUGAAGAUCAGUGGAAAAUGAAAAAUCCAAGCUCAAGCAAAGUUUAUGAAACUGUUUACGAUAGUGAGGAUUCAGUGCAAUAUGACUGGAUCCUUAAUAAUAUUGUUAAGGGUGGUGGCAAGAAAGGUGGUAAAGAUGUUGAUGAUAGGAGUUAUGAUGAGGGCAAAUGCGGUGGCGGGGACUGUGGUGAUGGAGAGGGAAAAUGUGGUAGUGCUGACUGUGAUGAUGAAGACAUUGGUGGUGACGAAUAUGAUGGUGGAUACUGUGGUGGUGGUGAGUUUGGUGGUGAAGACAAUGUUAGUGGAGGUGAGAAAUUUGGUGGUGGGGACAGCGAUGUUAAUGAGUUUGGUGGUGGAGUUAGCGGUGAUAAGGGUAGUUAUGGAGGCAAUGAAAAGAGAUGUACCGAGAAUGUUGGAGAUUCUGUUGAUGUUGAAGGUGAUAAUGAUGGAGGCACUGCAGCUGCCAAUCUUUUAUCGAAUGUUGAUGACAAGGUCUUGUUAAGCAAUUUCAAGGAUUGGCUAUCUAGUCCAGAUGGUGGAAGAAAAUAUACGAAAUGUGCCCAGUAA